AGUGAGGCAAAAAAAAAAAAUUUAUUCAGUGCGAGUUUUCAUUUUCUACUUGUUUUGUUUUUAUUGCCAACGAAAAAUAAAUUAUACGCAAAUUAAUACAAGCGGGAUUUACAUACCCGCCCCGUUAGGAGUUUUAGUCUAGCACGAUUAGUCCUUGCCGCACUGUAAAAAACGAGGAAAGUUACGGUGGUCCAAGUAAAGUGGCCAUUAGUUAAUCCUCGUUCUCGAAUAAUACAAACACAUAAAGACAAAAUUCUUCGACGACAAAUGCUGUUAACAUAACCCCAAAUACCUAGUGCCAGAAUUAGCGAAUAUAUUUUUGCAUUGGCAUAUUUCCCUAAAUCAACAACAGCAACGGGCAAUUAAUACCCCGGCAGCAAAGGGAACCUAGGCAACAAAAGAAAAAAAAACCCCCGAAAGAAAAUUAAUAUUCGCAUUAGAAAAAAUGGGAAAACGUCGAACGCAAUCGCUAAUUGAUUCCAAUUCUAGCGACAGUGACAGCGAAUCGGAUACAAACUUGGAAUCGGAUCUUAUGUCGUUGGCCAAGAAACGCAAGAAGCCUCAGAAUGCUAACAAGGCCAGCUCCAAGUCCGACUCUGACUCGGAUUGGGCCAACAACAAGGCUGGAGGACCAGCGACCAAGAAGAAGAAGCGUCAAAAGAAAGCCAGUCGCGAUAGCAGCUCUUCCGAGUCCAAUUGGGAUGACGACAGUCAAGAUGAGGUGCAGCCUCAGGCGCCACCAGCAGCGCCAUCCACCUCAACUGCUGUGCCAGAAGUUGGUGGAGCUCAGCGUGGCGAGAGUGAACAGGAGGAGGGUGAAGUUUCCGAUAGCGAUUCAGAUGCCAAUGAUCAGAAGUCGGAUAAAUCAAAUUCAUCUUCCGGCUCCGACUCGGAUUCUUCAUCGAAUUCAUCCUCUUCAUCAUCCAGCUCUGAUUCUGAGUUCGAUGAUGGUUUCGAUGAUGAUCUAAUGGGCGAUGAAGAGGAUCGCAAGCGCUUGAACGGCCUCUCCGAGAAGGAACGUGAGACGGAGAUAUUUAAGCGCAUAGAACAACGUGAUAUAAUGCGCACUCGUUGGGAAAUCGAGAGGAAACUGAAGUUGGCUCGUCGUGGUGAAAAGGAAAAGAUUGAAAAGUCCAAAAAGUCGAAAGGGGAUCGUGCCAAAAAUAAACUCAAAAAGAAGCAGAAGAAAGAGAAAAAGGCAAAGAAGGCCAGUGAAAUGCAAGAAGCGGCAGCUGCUGCCAAUAGUCAGACAAUACCAUCGGCUUCAUCUGCCCUGGCCACAUCAACCAAUGAGCUGGACGCUAGGAGUGCUCUGGAGAACAAAAGGCAAAGUCCCAUUCUCAGUAGGGGUGGAGACGCCAACGAUGCCUUGCCCUCCACAUCUGGUGGCAUGACAACAUCUCCGGCCAUGGGACCACCAAAUGAUCGUGACUCCGAGGAGGCAGCUUCCUCGGCCGGCGUCAACGAUUACUUUGACCAUAAAGAGCGUUCCAAGGAGCGUAAGAAAAAUGUUGAGGCCAACAAAACAGAUGACAAGCGAAGCAAUGCCAUGGCCAUGUUGAAGGCCAAGCGCGAAGGCAAAGCCAAGAGAGAGGAGGAAGAGGCCGCCAAAAGGCAAGCGGAACGUGAACGUGAUGACGAUAAGGAAGAACUGGAAAAUGUUUCAGGAUGCAAAUCGGCUGUAAAACUGAAAGCUUCGGAAAUCUAUUCCGAUGACUCGGGCAGCAGUGAUUGGGAUGAUGAUGAGGCAAAGCCAUCUGGAAAACGUUCACGUUCCAUUAGCAGCAAGGCUUCCAGUGAAUCGGAUGACGAUGAUGAUGCCCAGGAGAAGAAGGCCAAGAGUCCUGUUUUCAUUACGACUCGUGAGGAUCUGAACAAGUUAAGACUGUCACGCCAUAAAAUGGAACGUUUUGUUAAUUUACCCAUUUUUGAGGCCACCGUUAUGAAUUGUUUUGUACGCAUUAGCAUCGGCAACAAUGACCAAAAGGCUGUCUAUCGUGUGGCUGAAAUUGUGGGCGUGGUUGAGACUGGCAAAAUCUAUACAUUGGGCACAACACGAACCAAUCGAGGUCUACGCCUCAAACAUGGCACUUCGGAGCGUGUCUUUCGUUUGGAAUUCAUUUCGAAUCAGGAAUUCACCGAAAGUGAAUUCAAUAAAUGGUCCGAGGUGUGUCAGCAGUCACAUGUUCAAAUGCCCACAAUAGAUCUGAUUGAGAUUAAACAGGGCGACAUAAGGAAAGCCCUCAACUAUGAGUACAAGGACGAGGAUGUUGACAAAAUUGUCGAAGAGAAGAAUCGUUUCCGUAAUCGUCCCACAAACUAUGCCAUGCGAAAGACUUGCCUCAUGAAGGAACGUGACGCAGCCAUGCUCCGGGGUGAAUACAAUUUGGCUCAAGAUUUGGGAACACAAAUCGAUCAACUAGAGAGUCGGGCUUCCGAAUUGGAUAAGAGAAGGUCGCAUACCUUAAAUCUAAUUUCCUAUAUCAAUGAUCGUAAUCGUAAACGAAAUGUUGAGGACGCUGAAAAAGCCAUUAUGGAGGAAGCUAGAGCCAACAAGGGACAGAAGAUCUCAGAUCCCUUCACACGACGCAUCACACAGCCUCGCAUGGGAUUCAAGGGCGGCAAAAAGGAUGAAGAAGACGGAGUGCAAAUGGCUGCACUGCCGCCGCCACCAACCAACAAGAAGCGACCUGGCGCCAAUGAAGCCGGCAGUAGUAGUUCCAGUUCAGCCGGCAACUCUCACUCGUCCAGCGGCUCCAAGUCCGCCGAUGGCAAGGAUUAUAGUUUGUAUUCACUCCACGAUUUUGAUAUAGAUUUGGAUGUGCCUCUACCAGUUAGUAGCUCAAAUGCUGUACCGAAGCCAGCUAGUAAGCCGGCUGAGACUGUGUCCAAGCGUUCACUUAAUCUAGAGGAUUAUAAAAAGAAACGUGGCCUCAUCUAGGAUUGCCUCCAACAGCAAGAACAACAACAACAACAAAUCAAAUUUUCAGCAAACAAACAAAUUAAUAACUUUGACAAACGCAUUCUAUGGCGUACCAUACAAUUUUUUGUAGGUUAGUGAAGUUAAAAUUAUACAUAUAUAUAUAUGUAUGUAUAGACUUCUAAAUAUAUUGAAGUUUUUUGUGUUAAUGCUCGCCUAGGACAAGAUAAAAAUUGUAAUAUUUUUUUUAAAACAUAAGUUACAGCAAUGCAAAUAGAAAUCUUGUCCAUCCCAA